GCCAUUGAGCUAGCAUGCAAACGAGCGGCUCUUUUGAAGUUUUGAAUUCGAUAUGGAAUUCAGAAUUCUCUUGUCAAGUUUCUCUUAACUAGCUGCGACCCCCUGUUGUCGACGGUACAUUUUAAUACGAUAUUGAUGUAUAAUAAUUUGGCGUCGAAAUUUAUUUAUUUAUAUAAAAAUAGACAUUAUAGAAUUUUCGUGUGUGCGAAUUAGCACAAUUUAAGAGAGUUUCAUACUUAACAUUUUGACUUUCGAUGAUCUUUAUACAAGCUAUCUAAAAGAAAAAAAGUAAUGGAUCUGUUUACAGUGAAUGAUUCUUACUCUAUAGCACAUUAUAUUUCAGGUGACCGUAAAAUGAAUAAAGGUAUAACUUUAGACUUAUGUAACAAGUAUGGAAACAUGGCUCCUACUUUAUAUAAUUUAAAUCCAAAAAUAGGUGAUGCUAUCCUAGUCAAUGUUAAUGGUAGAGUAAUUUACUUUUUAUUUACAAAAAACACACUUAAUGAUGGGAAAGAUGAAAAAGUAACUUCUGUAUUUGAACUAUUGGAGCUUUCAAAAUUAUCUUAUCUACCUAAUUAUUGGUUUAAUGAUGAUGAAUUAGCAGUUAUUGCAAAUUAUACAAUCAUGACAUAUAUUUUUAACGAUAUAGAUAAAUCUGGAAUCAUUUAUAGUUUAGGUAAUCGUCCACCUAUAGUUUUAUACAAUGUAGAUAAAUACACACACUGGAUUCCAGGUACAAAAUCACACAGAACAAUAAAAGAUAUUCCUCUAAAAACAAUAAAUUUUACAGAACAUGAAUCAAUAGAUAAUUUAAAAAAAUUCAGAUGUCAAUCCAAAGUAAAAUAAAUCUAUUAAAGGCAAUUGAAAAUUCUCAACAUUUUAUCCUCAUCCAAUUCAAUUUUCUAGAAUUGCAG